AUGAAGCUGAUCCAAUUUGUUACGAUCGUUUUUUGCUUCUGUCAUCAAUCUCCAAAUGCCUCUACGUGUACCCAAAAUGACGAUCCCUGCGGUUACUUCCAGCCGUUUUAUGAAAUGGCGCUAAAAGGACAUGUCUUCCAGACGCUAAAAGUUCCAAGUUCACUUUAUUGUUUAGAAGCUUGCAAGCACGAGGCAAGAUGCCAGAGUUUCAACCACGUCAUGGGAAAGGACAUCUGUGAGCUCAACAAUCGCACAAAAGAAGCAAGACCGGAGGACUUCAUCUCAGACGUUACCAAGUUGUACUUGAAAAAGCCCAAGAAUAGAGGUAGAUCGUAGAAGAAUCAAUUUACUGAAUGACACAUAUAAAGAUCCCGGGCGAUUCUCCACCCAUCCCUCCCUUUACUCAAUAUUUUUCCUUGAGUGUUAAGCGAGGAUGUUAAAGUUGGGUACUGUUAUGGGAGGAAUACUGAGGUGGCAGUUUCUAGAGUCUCUAAAAGACGCGACUAUGAGACGGACACCUCCCCCAAACGUACACCUGGAGUUGGUCCUCACCUUCGUACCUCACUCAUCUUCUUUGCCGCGGCUCUAUAACACGGACAGAGUACAACUAACUAGCUGAGAUGGACACUAAAUGGCAUUGAGUCCCUCUCUCCGCCGCAGAGAUGAGGCUCGCGAUGUGUAGCAACAAUUGAAGAUUUGUCUUUUUUACCUUUGACGUUAUUUACAAAUAUUUUUUAUUUUAUUUUCUCAUUGCUUUUUACUUGUUAUCAGGUGAUAUCUGGUUGUAAUAAAGUUAAUUUAAGACUUGUCUUGUCUAAAAUAUUAAGUGCACAGUGGACGAUGAAAGGAUAAAAAAAGCGGCAGCCCGGCCUGUUGUUCUGUCUUUCCCAUAGAAUAGCAGGUGACGCGCGAAAGAAUAAAAGGAGAGGGGUCGGAGGAGAGCUGCGAUCCUCCGAAGACGUCUACUUUCUCGCCGUCAUCCCUGUACUUCGUCGCUGUAAAAACUCGCUACUUGCAGUUGGCGAAGUUAACCUUUUUCUCUUUUUAUAUGCCUUGACGCUACCACAUUUUAUUGAAAGGUGUCUUCACUCUUAUAGAGACGUUUUGCCCAAACGUUUGUUCAAAAUCACGGCUCAACCGUGCAAAAAGUUCACUUCCGAUUGACGUGCGUCGCUCAAAAACGUUGCUGCUUUUAAAAACUAUCUAGUCACAAUGGUGGCUGACCAAGUAUGAGUUGACUAAAGGUACGGAAAAACGGGUAACAAAAAACGUGCAACUUGUUUUGCAUCAUUGCUGUAAAACGAGUUAGAUAGCGAUAUUGCGCGUUUUACCACCCAUGUUCAAAGCUGUUAACAACCUGAUUUGUUGCAAGACAGGUUUUAUGUGGGUGGUAAAACGCGCAACUUUGCUAUUCAACUCGUUUUGCAGCAAUGUUGCAAAACAUGUUGCACGUUUUUUGUCGCCCAUUUUUCCGUAUCUUAAAGCUAAAGUGUAAGGUUACGUUAUGUCGUGUUCUCUUGUGAUUUACCAUUUUUCGCCACUAAGGUAAUGAAUGAAACUGGACACCUUAAUUUUCUUCCUUGGAUGCUGAGAGAAUUCUAUGUACUCGGUUUUCCUUCACAAAAUAACACGCAACGCAAAAUCAAAGGGAGGGAAAAAAUCAUUUUAAAUAUGUGGAAUAAACCUCAACACUCCUUUACAAACUUGCCCUUCAUUCUUGGUUCGUUUCCAGCUGAUACUAACUCGGAUUAAAUCAGGAAAAGGUCUUUCUCACUUAAAUUUGACGCGUAAAUUGUAAGCUAAUUAAGAUGUGCUAAACUUUACUUCUUUUGACAGUGGCCCUUGGAUCCAUUCCUGAACUUCCAGCUGCAAGCUGCGAGGAAAUAAAGAUGAGUGAGGGACAGGUUGUGGCCAGUAAAAAAUACUGGAUGACCUGUAUAAACCAGGAUAUGGCUGUACUUGCUUACUGCAAUAUGACGACAGGAGGUGAGCUUAAUUACCUGCGAGCCUUUCCGAGCCAGCACAUCAUUCUCUACAAUAGCGGGAAAAUGCCAAAAUUUGUCGGACGUAAGAUUAGAAGCAUGCACAAUCGAUUGUUUUUUUAUUAUUAUUAUCCGGGAUAUUCACUCCUGUGUGAUGACGUCAGGUAAAACGUGCUCGUGGACGAGAUCGAGAGAUUUCGAGUAAACGUCCAGGGUGCAAGCAGAUUAUAAACGAGGAGAGUGUUUUGUAAUUGCUCAUUAUAACGUUAUUUUAUUUUAAAACAGGCUUGCCAACCCUAAUUACCAGAGGUCACUUUCAUCUACUUCCCUUUAUUUAUUUUCAAACUGUAUUCCUCGUAUUUUCUUCCAUCUCUGACGCAAGCGCUAACUUUCAAAUUGAAACUCCUAGUUGUGUACUCGUUUUUCUUAUCGGAGUUGUUUGAUCACAAAUUGCCUAAAAUGAUUAAUGAUUAAUUCUCGAAUUAGUGCCUCUUUAAUUAAGUGUACCCGCGUUCGAAUAAGUGCGCUUACCUUCACACCCCUUCUUAUCCUCCCUCCUGAUUUAACGGUUUCACGACAAAGUUGACUGACGAAAGCAAAGAUUAUUAGUAGGAAAAAACGCCAUAUAUUACAUAUUUGUUUUUCACUGAUGAAGUGCUGGCACCCUAGUGUUAAAUUGACUUUGAGGAAAGAGGGAACGUUUGCAAUGUACAAGAGGAACUUUGUUACCAACAAUACUAUUUAGUCAUAUUACUGAUAACGUGAAAUCAGUGGGAUCUGAAUGCUCGUUGUCUUCCUGAUAUACCCUGAAGUGUUCAUUCAACAGUUUAAGGUCCCCUUUUCCUGAUAAAUUAACGUAAUUGAAAACCUUAAAUGUAGUUAACAUCUUUUGGUGGCUUUGCUGCUAACGAGGAGGUCUUAUGUAAAGUGGAACUUGGAUUUAGGGGGGAGCGUAUUUUUUCUGAGACGCGAAACUUGCGAAACUUGCACGAGUUCUUGUUGUAAGGCGUUUACCAAACAGGCUUUUUCAGUAUGUAUUGGUUUGUUUUAAUUUUCAGUGCCUCUUAUCAAUUUUACAACAAAAGGAUUCACGGGACGAUAUGGUAUUAUUCAAAGAUUCAUAGUUCCAAAGACCGGUGUUUAUCUGAUAAAAGCCUGGGGUGCUCGAGGAGGAACACACUCGACUAACUAUGGAGAUUAUCCCGGAACUUACUAUGGUGGAAGAGGAGCGAUGAAGCAAGGAACGUUUUCCUUGAAUGUAGAAACUGUUCUGAAUAUUGUGGUGGGUCAGAGAGGAGGAGACUCAGUGGAAGUGAAAGGAGGACAGUCUACUAACUUGACGGCAGCGCAACUGGAACUGUCUGUAGAGGACAAUGCUGGUACUGGGGGAGGGGGAGGGAGCUUCGUUUAUACAACAAAUAACGAACUUUUGUUAGCUGCCGGAGGGGGAGGGGGUACGUCUAAUGGAUAUAACGGGGUGGAUGGUCAGGCGGGUCCUAAUGGCACCAGUAGUGUAGGGAACGAUUCAAGUGCGAUUUAUAGCGGAGGGACUGGGGGACAACCUGGUCAAUGUAAUAAUAAUCCCGAGACGGCUGACUACCAUGGGGGAGUGGGUGCAGGUUGGUUGAGGGAAGGGUGCGCCAGAGUCGGCCCAGAACAUGGGGAAAGGGGUGGAUCACGUGCCCAGAAUUGGGUGGGGGGACGUGCUGGAGGAAUGAAUAGUGGCUAUAACGGUGGGCCACCCCCUGGGGCAGUAGGAGGGUUUGGCGGUGGGGGAGGAGGUUCCGAGGAUAAUGGUGCAUCAGGAGGGGGUGGUGGAUAUUCCGGGGGAGGAAGUGGUUUAUGGGAUUCUCAAGCCGGUGGGGGAGGGGGAUCGUACUGUAGUGGCUCAAGCUGUUUAGGUAUCACUGGAGGUAAUAUGAAUGAUCACGGAUUUGUCGAAAUAUUUGAGUUGUGA